AUGGGUACAUCAAUUUGUGUUAAAGGAUCACAAUAGACACAAGUGGAAAUAAAAACAAUUUCAUAACAUUCAAAUAAAUUAAAUGGCCCACCUAAUUUAUUUAGACCUACUCCAAUUAUCAGUAUUUUGAUAACUGAUGAAUAGGUUGAGAAGGAAGAAUCUCCAAAAAAUGAAUUAUCUCAAUUAUAAAAUGAAAGACAAGUUGAUCAACUCUUCUUUUAUACAGCUUUAUAAUCUGAAGAGAUAGACAGUCAACAAUAAAACCCCUGGAUUAAGAAAAAUUUUGCCAUUGAAGCCAUCAAUGUAUCCAAAUUAAAAAAUGAUGAUAUGAAUAAUUCAUACAAUGGCAAUCUAAAUAAUUCUUUUGAUCAAAAAAAUUCAUUCGCUGAUACUUCUAAAUAAAAGCCUAUUCUAAGAAAAAGGAGUGGAUAAGAGAGUUCAAAUAUUUCACUUUCAGCUGGCUCUCAAAGAUCUAUUAAGAAGGUUUCUUUUGAUAAAAAAUAACAAGUUUUAUAUACUAAAUUCAAAAAUUGA